AAAAUUCUAUUAAAUACUAACUAAUUAAAAGUUAAUUUAUUUUAAAUGGAAGAAAAUAGCUGCUUAUCGAAGGAAUUUUAACUAUUUCUUGAAAAUAACAUCAAGGAUUAUAAAAAUUUUAAAUGCAAAGCUGCAGUUCUUUCCAAUUUUGGUGGAUGCCUGGUUGCAAAAUAAUCUGUUAAUGAAGGAGAAGAACUUCUUCGUAUUCCUGAAACAUUAUUUAUUACAUUGAGUGUUGCAAUUACUAAAUUACCCAUAUUAAGAGAAGUCAAAAGCAAUUUGAAUGUAUAAAAAAAGAGUAUACUGGCUUUCUUCUUGUUCAAAGAAAAAAAAGAUGCAUCCAGCUUUUAUCAUUGCUAUUUAAAUUCAAUUCCUAAAUAAUACACUAACACUAUCACAUGGCAAGAAAUCUAAUUUAAUUUGCUUAGAGAUGAACUAAAAACCAAGCAUUAAAAGAAGUAAUAAAAAUUGCUCUCUGAAUUUGAUGCUAUUAAAAAUUACAUCUCUUCAAAUAAAGACUACUCUCAUAUAUUUGAAGGAAUUAAUGAAGCAGAGUUUUUAUAAUUGGUAGCUAUGAUAGAGUCAAGAACUCUCUUUUUUAAAAAUGAGCAAGAUUCUACUUCUGAAGUUGGUGCAAUGAUUCCUUUUUAUGACCUUGCAAAUCAUACUUUUAUGGAAGGAAUUGACCAUUUCAAAUACUUCUAUUUUGAUUAAAUUAGUAAAGAAUAUGUAAUGAGGGCAUACAAACAUUUUGUUGCAGAAGAAUAAAUUUUUAUAACUUAUGGAAAUUAUAAUAAUGAGCACUUUUUAGAUUAUUAUGGAUUUAUUCCAUUUAACAAUUAAAGAGAGGCUUUAUAAUUCACAAUAUAAUCUGAUUAAUUGCCCAAAAUACUUGGCAAGGACUUUACAAAAAAGUUAAGAGAAAAUAGCUUAAUUGGUUAGCAAAUCCUCAAUCAUUUUUAUGCAGGUCAAAAUUUAAAACCAAAUAUUGUAAUUGAAAUAGAAGAAGCUAGUUAAUCAUUUAGUUGGGAAACUAUUACUUUCUUGUAAGUUUUUAGUCUAGACUUGGAUAUAAAUUAGCUAAAGACUACAUCUGAAACAUCAAAAUAAAAAUCUAAUAAAUUUGAUAAUAAAUCUUCAAAAUAACCUGCAAAAAGUACAUCUUAAAAGAGCUAAUUAGCUGCAAUACUAGAAGCCUUUAAUUCUAAUUAAAUAGAAAACUAGAGCUACUUCAACUAAUAACUAUAUAAAUAAUAUGCUUAGAACAUAAAAUAAUAUUUACAAUCACUCUAUAAAGACAUUAAAUUUAGUGAAAAAAGUAUUGAUAUCAAUUAAAAUUAGUUUUGCACACUUCUGGCAACAGAUUUUACCUAAAAGGAAAUGAAAAUAGUUGAUAACUGCAAAUUCUGA